AGAGCCAAACAAGCCAAUACCUCUUUUUAAUCGAUAAACCGAGAUGGAAAUUCCUAGGCAAGAAAUUCAUAUCAAAAUUGAUAACCCAAUAUCUAGUAGCAAAGAGUUAAAAACUGACCUCGCUGAUGCUAAACCCGUUGUCUUGAUGUCCGUUUUGCGUAGUCUCCACGCGGGCUAUUUCAGAAUUAGCCUCUCUCUGUGCAGCCAAGCUCUGCUAUGGAAGAUAAUGAUCGCGCCUGAUUCACCCAGCAUGUCUCAUUUGCAUAGCAAACUCCCAUCUAUGGCGUUCCAUCUCUUGUGGUACUUAGCACUUGUAACACAAGUGUCACUCUGUUUUUUGUAUGCCUUAAAGUGUAUUUUCUUAUUUGACAUGGUGAAGGAAGAGUUCUUGCACUAUAUUGGAGUGAACUAUCUUUACGCUCCAUCCAUUUCAUGGCUUCUCUUGCUUCAAUCAGCUCCGAUGAUGGAACCAAAUAGCGUUUUGUACCAGACACUAUUCUGGAUCUUUGCUGUUCCAGUCUUGACACUAGACACAAAGCUUUAUGGCCAGUGGUUCACAACAGAAAAAAGGUUCUUGUCGAUGCUUGCAAAUCCCGCAAGCCAAGUAUCCGUAAUCGCAAACCUGGUGGCUGCACGAGGAGCAGCAGAGAUGGGUUGGAAUGAGUGUGCUCUAUGCAUGUUCUCCCUCGGAAUGGUUCACUAUUUGGUUAUCUUUGUCACACUCUAUCAACGCUUACCAGGAGGAAACAACUUCCCAACCAAGUUAAGGCCAAUUUUCUUCUUGUUCUUUGCUGCACCAGCCAUGGCAAGCCUAGCCUGGAACUCUAUUUGUGGAACCUUUGAUGCCGUAGCGAAGAUGUUGUUCUUCCUUUCACUUUUCAUCUUCAUGUCCCUGGUCUGUAGGCCAAAUCUUUUUAAGAAAUCAAUGAAAAGAUUCAAUGUUGCAUGGUGGGCUUAUUCGUUCCCCCUCACUUUUCUUGCGUUAGACUCAGUUCAGUAUGCGCAAGAGGUGAAAGACCCCGUCGGUUCUGGCUUUAUGCUUAUCUUCUCAUCCAUCUCAGUUUUAAUCUUCCUUGGUAUGAUGAUACUGACAGCAGCAAACAGCAACAGACUACUCAGACAUGAUCACGCCCUCGGUUCUGCUACCGAUCCAAAAGACAAACAAAAAACAUUGUCGCUCAAUGCAACUAACCAAAGCUAGUCCACACUUGAGAUAGAAACAAGAACUCUGUUACAAAUUUGCAGAAAUUAAACAAGAACACACUUCUAUUUGUUUUCUCUAAUUUUCCUUCAUGGUCUCUUAGAUUUUGUAUUUCUCAACUAACAAACUAAUCUUCUUUGGUUUGGAACAGUUGUUUCCUAGAUUUACAAUCUUCUUCUCCAGAGUUGUUUCCCCAAAAUAUUGUAGGCUAUUUUGUUAUUGUUUGCAAACAUUCUCAACAAAUUCACUCAAUUUUA